ACGGGAGGAGGGUCUCCAAAGGGCUCAUUCUGUGCGCCGCCCUUUUCUCUCCGUGCUUCCGAGGCCGUGUACCUCGAUGCCGGUCGGUGCAGAACAUAAGAGCCGAGUCCAGGUCACCGCUCGUGCUUUAAGGGUUUUCCGAUCGUCUGGAGGGCUUGUCACUUCGACGACGAGGUUGCUUGUCUUUCGGCACUGAAGAGUUCCGGGUGUCGUCGAGCUUUAGGCUCUGUGGGCAUUGUGGAGUGGCCCGGAUGGCAUCUUCGAUGUCGGAUAUGCCUGUGAUCUCUGCAGCUUAGCUGUCGGGACGAAGCUGGAUGGGAUCAACUGCUUAAGGAGAAUCAACACGACCUCGUCAUCUGCCAGGGUAUCUUUAAAGUGGAUUCGGGGAAUGCAACGAUUUCCCAUCCGAGCUGAUCAUUAGAGGAUCCAUUUGCUGAGGCAUUGAGCGAGCCUCGUCUUUGAGCGAGCCUUCCGGUCAGGAUGGAAGAGAGAGUUUAGAGACGACAAGCAAUUGUUUAGUUUCGCCAUAGAUUGUGAUGGCUGUGAUUGAGGAUCAUUCUGAUGGAGAUGACGAAAUCCAGACCGAGAAUGCGAUCACGCACGGGGUUAGUGUUGGAAAUGUCUCCGAGAUUGGCUUGGAGCAGACGAUUGCUAGCUUGGAAAUCGUAGCCAGCGAUGAUGUGGAUGUCGAAAGCGGAGAUGAGGAAGACGAUGGCGAAGAGGACGAGGUCUGGGGAGGAGGUGGAUUGAAGGGCUUUGUUUCAAAGCCCGAACAUCCUUGGAAACUAUUACGCCAGUACUUUCCUAGCAAGGCCGGAGGGGCGCCUGCGUGGUUGGAUCCGAUGAAGGUGCCUCCAGCGAAGCACGGCUCUUGCGGUAUUUGCGACAAACCAUUGCAAUUUGUUCUACAGGUCUACGCUCCCUCGGAAGAUGAUGCCUCUGCAUUUCACAGAACGCUGUUCGUGUUCGUCUGCACGAGUCUGGCGUGUUUGCAGCAAGACCAAAAUCAACAGCGGAGGAAAGACAAACCCAAGAGGAGUGUGAAAGUGUUUCGCAGCCAGCUUCCCCGUGAGAACGAUUACUAUUCUGCUUCUCCUCCUUUAACAGACGGGAGUGCACUCCCUCUCUGUAAAGGGGCUGUGCUUUGCAGCUGGUGUGGGACGUGGAAAGGAGACAAAAUCUGCGGAGGUUGCAAAGAAACACGGUACUGUUCGCAGACGCACCAAAUGGACCACUGGCGAGGCGGCCAUGCACCUGGAUGUCGUCAAGCUCAGGAAAAGAUGAAAGCUACAAAUGAAGAAUCUUGCACCACGUCUAGCUCAGACGUGGAAGGUGCCGAUGGCGUCUCUCUCUCUAGUCCUGCCUGUCCGAGCUUGUGGCCUGAGUUCGAGCUUAUUGUAGAAGACCAUUCGGACGACGAAGAUGAGGAUUCGGAUGAGGGGGGCAUGGACGAAAGAGAUGGGGUGAGACGGCUUUUAUCUGAGUACGAAAACAGGAGAAGAAAUCAAGGCAGAGAAGAGUUUUCCUCGAAAGAUGUCGCAGAGCUACAAGAAUCAUCGGCAGAAGAGCAGCAGUGGGCAGCCUUCCAAGCACGAGUUUCUAAAACCCCAGGGCAAGUGCUUUGGUACCUCAGGUCGGCGGACGCUAAACCCUUGUGGCCGAGAGUUGACGGCCAGCCGAAGACGACUGACAUUCCACAAUGCUCUCAUUGUGGCGGAAAUAGGAUCUUUGAAUUCCAAAUUCUGCCUCAACUGCUCUAUUAUUUCCAGUUGAAGGAUGAUCCCGACUCUCUUGACUGGGGCACCAUAGCCGUGUACUCGUGCGAAAAUUCGUGCACCGUUGAAGGUGGUAGCCAGGAAUUUGCCUGGGUGCAGCCAGGUUUCGCUUGAUUUUGAAGGGGCCAAGAGCAGUACUGAGAUGUUGAAUGUCAAACAAAGUGUUGAUGUACUAAAAGUGGCCGAUCCUGCCCAUUCGUAGUUUCAGAGAAUAUUUCACCUCAUGUACAUAAGGAGGUUAGAUGAGCUUUCGAGAAUGCAUAAUUGAUUUAUGGGCCUUCCACAGAAUCUCACAGAAAUUUCUGUGGUAGACACGAGAUAGGACUGUAGGGUGAUCUGGAAGAAACUGGGAAUCCGGAAUCAAUUUUGGUGUAAGGUGUCUGAGGAGGUUGACUGAUUUGAGAUAGUGAGAUAUUAGAAUUGCAAGUGAAAUGGCAAAGAAAAUAUUUUUCUCAACGCUUCGCUCUGGGUGUGUUUGGGAUGAGGAGUUUUAUGCUAUUAUCGACUGUUUUGGACAGGCCAAGGAAGAUUGACUGCGUCUCG